AAAGGAAUGACUCAUCCAUGAGGCUCCAGAGCGUUUGCUCCACAGAUCUUGAUCAAGAUUUGAAGAAUCGGACACAUCAAUGGCUUUCUUGCGAUGCCUGUCGUCGCUGCCCUUCCCGCCCUUCCCACGACCAAGGAGGCCUCUCUCCCUCUGUGCGCUCUCCAGCCGUCAUCAGUCGAGAGCCCAGUCAUCAUCCAGCAAGACGAGCAGCAACAACAGCAACACCAUGACUGUGGACCGGCUGCCCAUCGACAGUUCGCUCAAGCAGGCCCUGGCAUCGCUGAAGAUCACCUCUCUAUUCGACAUCCAGCGGGACGUCUUCCACCCCAUUCUGCAAGGGAUGAACGUCGUCGGCCGCUCGCGCACCGGCACGGGCAAGACGCUGGCCUACCUAGUGCCUGUGCUGCAGCGCAUGAAGAUGGAGAAGCUCCAUGCCAGCGAUGCGGCCGUGCUGAUUCUGCUGCCGACACGAGAGCUGGCCAAACAGGUGUGCUGCAGGAAUGUCGCAUACGUGGCGAUCUGUAAGUGUGGGGCGUGUAUGUGUGUGCAGGUUGGGAUGGUGCUGUUGGGUCUGAGCAGCUCGUUCCUUCACUUGAACAUCGCCCUGCUGUAUGGCGGUGCGCCGGUGGCUCCCCAGGCACAGCUGCUGAAGCUGCAGCCCAACGUCGUCAUCGGCACGCCGGGGAGGUGCCAGCUGAUGGUGAGUGACCGAACGAGGCCUUACGUAGCCGACGGUCGGGUGUGUGUUCUCCUCGUCAGGUGGAUAAGGGUCUCUUGUCGCUGUCGUCGACUAAGGUAGUCAUCAUCGACGAGGCAGAUGCUCUCAUGGCCCAUGGAUUCGCUGCACAAGUCCAGACGUGAGCAUGACACCAAACCUCACCCUCUUUCACAUUUCUGAGGUUCCCCUCUGUUCCUGCAGCCUGCUGCAAGGCGUCGGGCAGAACAACGCCAAGUUCCAGAGCCUUCUCUUCACGGCCUCCUUCACCCCCGAGCUGAGGGCCCUCAUCGACAAACACUUUGACACACCCACGUCGGCAGCAGAGACAGGCACCAACACAGGGGGCGAUGGCAAGUGCCGCACAGUGGUGAUUGACACAGUGGAGGGCACACGUGUGGGGGUGGACGACAAGGGCAAGGCCAGCGAGACCGUCACUGGUGAGAAAAAACAUGCGGGGAGACAAAGCGCCCAUUGACAGAUAUGUGGAUUGCCGACAACUUCUCUGUUGUUUGUUCAGUGCCGACGACGGUUCAGCAGGUCCGUCAUUACGUGCUCAAGGUCCCCACUCUGGCGUCGCCCCACUCCCCCACCCCGACGGACCCCUCUUCUCCUUUAGACCUCACAGCCACCUCCACACUGACGUCCCACCGGAACGUCGAGAGGCGGCUGCGUGUGCUCAUCCAGCUUCUUACCGACAAGCUGCGGCUGAAGCCUUACCGCGGGAGUCUUGCCAAGGAUGGUUCUCGGGGGAGGGGGAAGGCGAUAGUGUUUGCGGGCAUGAAGGAGGUGGAGAUGGUUGUGCGCCAUCCUGCCUUGGAGGGGCACGCGAGAGCCCUGCACUCGAAGCUCGAUCAGACACAGAGGUACGCAGUGGAGGGGAAAGGGCCGUGGAGCAGAAGAGCAUUACCCCUGUGUGAGUGUUGCAGAGAUUUCAUUCUCAAUGGGUUUGCCGAGAACAAGGUGAGUCCGUCACGCACAGCGGACAGACAGUAUGUGAGUGUGCGCGUGUGUGUGUCGGUCAGUAUCGAGUGUUGGUGUGCACCGACUUGGUUGCCCGCGGGCUGGACUACCCCGACGUCACACACGUGGUGCACUUCAGACCGCCCGCAGAACCCAACAACUACAUACACAGGCAAGGCAGACACACACACACAUGAACGAUGCAUGAGACGAACGAAUCAAUGUGUGUUGGCAUCACAUGCAGAGCUGGCCGCACUGGUCGUGCCGGCAAGGGUGGCGAGAGCAUCAUGAUGUAUUCCAGUGACGAGUACCCCCUCGUCAAGGCCAUCCACACCCUCACACGACAGCAGUUCACACCCCUCCCCACACCCGACCCCAAAGACCUGGAAAGGACCCACACACAACAGCUCAUGAGUGAGUGCCCGCACAACAGACAGGCAGCCACACCCAGUCUCUCCAUUUGUGUGUCUGCCAGAUGCGCUGCACGACAUCAUAUCGUCCACUGACGACGGCACACUCAACGACAGCGAGCUCGACUACCGCCCAUACCUGCCAGCAGCCGAGCGGCUCAUCAAGACACACGGUGCCGCGCCACUUGCAAACGCCCUCGCACUGCUGGACGGAGGGUGGGCACACACACACACAGACGCAGUGGACUCUGCCGUGCCAUUUGUGUUGGCUGGGUCGUGUGUGUGGUGUGCAGGAGUGUGCCUUUGGCAUCCGGACUACCGGCUCCCCUGCGUGUGUCCCCGCUGUCCGGUCGUCGGGGCUUCAUGCCACUCGCACUCAUCGACACCAACCACACUGUGAGUGAGUGCAGCCGUUCCAUGACGGCCACGAAUGCCGGCGUGUGUGUGCGUGCAGGUGUUGACGAAUGCCGACAGGGUCCGUGCGGUGCUGCAGGAGCGGAUGCCGGUGCUCAAGCAGAAGAAGGCUGCACUCGGACGCAUCGUCAAGACAGCAAACGGAUACGUCUUCGACGUGAAGGUGGGGAAUUGCCUGCCGCCGCGGAUGUGCCGAUCUAUGUGCUCGUGUCCGUGUGUCAGUAUGUGUACGGCGCCAAGCUGCUGCACGACAGCGAGGAGCGAGCUGCCCUGGAGCAGCUGGGCGUACAGCUCACACACGUCAGCCAGGUACAGGGAAACGACACACGCGCUCACUCACCCAGCCACACACAUCGACGUGCAACAUGCACCUCCGCUACUCUCUUAGCUGCCGCGUCUGCUGGUCGAUGAGUCUGAGAAGGCCAAGAUGCGCAAAAACAAAAAGCUGCCGUGGAGACGGUAAGCGAGUCCGCCGACUGUUACAUCCCAGCCACACGUCUGUGUGUGGCUGUGUCUGUAGGAGGAAGGGCGACCGGCAACAUCGACUGAUAGUGAUGGGCCUCUCGGCGCGGCAGGCGUCAUCGGCCGGCCUCCACCCGUCCAGGCGCAUCACACACCGACAGAGGAGGGCACCCAAGGGUACGUUUGAGGCAAGAAAGACGGACCGGGGGGAGGCGGCUGCGUGGCGAAUGGCCAUGGGAGAGAUGAUGCGGGCAGGGGGCGGCUGAUGGAUGGAGUGUGUGUGUGUGC